GUAAGUUUAGUUGGUUAGUCUAGAGUUAGCAACCGGGUCGAUCGGUCCGUUCUGAGAAUCGCGCACGCGAGUUCGUACGGCCAAGCUCGACCGCGGGAUUUUUCGCGUUUUAUUUUUUCGGUGAACUUGCGUAAACUAGACAACCGGGAAGCGAGCGCGUGGUGGCUAGUGAUUAACAGAAUUUUAACGGCGCGCAACAAAGACGACCACAGCGACUGCAGUUGCAAUUCUUACGACGAGAGUUCUGUGAAUGCUGCUGGUAGAUGCGUUAACUGGGGAUGAGAUCAAGAAGUGCUUCCUGGUGAUUAUGUACGAAGUGCUGCACUAGAGCAGGGUGUAAUCUCUGCAGCUUGCGUGGGAAAGUGGUUCAAAAAAAAUAACGAUAUCGCGUUUGUCAGCCGACCGAAACCAACCAACUAGUGCCGAGUGCUGAAAGCAACCUGAAAAGCAACUAACUAUGACAUAACUUCAGGAUUGAAGCAAGAGUGUAGAAAAACCACUAACUAAGCGACAUUGUCAUCAAGAAAAGCCGACAUUCACCGGAAACGCGUAACAAAAUGAUUUGAGACAGUUUGAAGUGUUCCCAACCGGUUUAAUCUUGCUGAGACUCUCCCAAUCUAUCUAUCUAUCGCUCUCUGGCACCGUGCACUCAAUAAAACCUUCGUAAUGGACAACGACAGUCUCAUCGUGGACGAGGAAUGGACGGACAACCGGACGACGGUAGCGGUGUCCAGAUCGUGUCCCACCGAGCUACCAACGGUUGUCCAAUAUUUAAAUGGAUUGGACAUCGCCGUAACUGUGAUCAUAGCCAUUACCAUCGUACUUAGCUUUGCAACGUUUGUGAUAUGUGGCAAGAACAUCCGACAGGUGCUGCGAUACACACCCAAGCGAUUCAAAUCGAAGACUAUCGUGGUGCUGAUAAUAUAUCCGAUAGUGACAACGUUGGCCAUAAUAUCGACUCUCAUCCCCAAGUCGUACUUCAUAUGCGACACGGCAUCGCACAUCUACUUCAUGAUCAGCGCCUACGUGUUCUACAGCUUGAUCGUGGACUACAUUGGCGGUGAGGAAGCCUUCAUCCGAUCGAGUGAUACGCAGACGUUCAACGCCAGGACACCGCCCUGCUGUUGCUGUUUGCCAUUCCUGCAGCGAUCGGCUGUUACCAAGAAUCGUCUUCUGUUCACGAGGCUACUCAUCCUUCAGUUGCCAAUAGUUCAAAGUUUGCUCUUUGUAGGAUUGAACGUGGUCUUUGUGGAAGAUGCCGAAAACUUUACCCGUAUAAUUCUGUACUUUGUCCCAUUCAUCGUACUCUCCAUUAUUAUUGGAGUGUGGGGUUUGAAUAUCAUCGUUCGUAUGGUCAAUCCGCUGUACAGUGAAUUCAAAGUGAUGGGCAAGUACGUAGUUCUGCAAGCCGUUUUGAUCCUAUGCAAAGUUCAACCGCUGGUCAUCAUGGGACUAGUGACUUACGUAACUCCAUCGUGUGCCUUCCCAAUGACCUUACAAGUACAAAAGAAUGCUGUAUUCCAAAUGUGCCUUUGCGCGGAAAUGCUGGUACUCUCCCUGUGGGCUUUCCAGCUGUACAAAACUCCUAACAAGAACCAGCAUCUGUUGGAAAAGACGGAGUCGACUUGAGCGAUGCCGUGCUUCAAAGAAGAAAAAAAUGCGUAUCUAAGAUAAAGCAAGAUUCCUUACAAAUCCUAUGAAUAGCAUUCUCGGAAGAAAUCUUCGUGUACUUAGCUGAUAGUAAUUUAAUGUGAUAAAAAUAAAUGUAUGUUGAUAGCUGUUUAAA